AUGGAAGAAUCGACAAACGACAGUCAAUACAACCCAGCAUCCGACAAACCCGAUAACAGUCAGAAUCCCAAUCCUAAUAACAACCCAGCAUCCGACAAACCCGAUAACAGUCAGAAUCCCAAUCCUAAUAACAACCAAGCAUCCGACAACCCCGAUUACAGUCAGAAUCCCAAUCCUAAUAACAACCCAGCAUCCGACAACCCCGAUUACAGUCAGAAUCCCAAUCCUAAUAACAACCCAGCAUCCGACAAACCCGAUAACAGUCAGAAUCCCAAUCCUAAUAACAACCCAGCAUCCGACAACCCCGAUUACAGUCAGAAUCCCAAUCCUAAUAACAACCCAGCAUCCGACAAACCCGAUAACAGUCAGAAUCCCAAUCCUAAUAACAACCCAUCAUCCGACAAACCCGAUAACAGUCAGAAUCCCAAUCCUAAUAACAACCCAGCAUCCGACAAACCCGAUAACAGUCAGAAUCCCAAUCCUAAUAACAAUCCAUCAUCCGACAAACCCGAUAACAGUCAGAAUCCCAAUCCUAAUAACAACCCAUCAUCCGACAACCCCGAUAACAGUCAGAAUCCCAAUCCCAAUAACAACCCAGCAUCCGACAAACCCGAUAACAGUCAGAAUCCCAAUCCUAAUAACAUCCCAGCAUCCGUCAAACCCGAUAACAGUCAGAAUCCCAAUCCUAAUAACAACCCAGCAUCCGACAACCCCGAUAACAGUCAGAAUCCCAAUCCUAAUAACAACCCAGCAUCCGACAAACCCGAUAACAGUCAGAAUCCCAAUCCCAAUAACAACCCAGCAUCCGACAAACCCGAUAACAGUCAGAAUCCCAAUCCUGAUAACAACCCAGCAUCCGACAACCCCGAUAACAGUCAGAAUCCCAAUCCUAAUAACAACCCAGCAUCCGACAAACCCGAUAACAGUCAGAAUCCCAAUCCUAAUAACAACCCAGCAUCCGACAACCCCGAUUACAGUCAGAAUCCCAAUCCUAAUAACAACCCAGCAUCCGACAAACCCGAUAACAGUCAGAAUCCCAAUCCUAAUAACAACCCAUCAUCCGACAACCCCGAUAACAGUCAGAAUCCCAAUCCCAAUAACAACCCAGCAUCCGACAAACCCGAUAACAGUCAGAAUCCCAAUCCUAAUAACAACCCAGCAUCCGACAACCCCGAUUACAGUCAGAAUCCCAAUCCCAAUAACAACCCAGCAUCCGACAAACCCGAUAACAGUCAGAAUCCCAAUCCUAAUAACAACCCAGCAUCCGACAACCCCGAUAACAGUCAGAAUCCCAAUCCUAAUAACAACCCAUCAUCCGACAACCCCGAUAACAGUCAGAAUCCCAAUCCCAAUAACAACCCAGCAUCCGACAAACCCGAUAACAGUCAGAAUCCCAAUCCUGAUAACAACCCAGCAUCCGACAAACCCGAUAACAGUCAGAAUUCCAAUCCUAAUAACAACCCAGCAUCCGACAAACCCGAUAACAGUCAGAAUCCCAAUCCUAAUAACAACCCAGCAUCCGACAAACCCGAUAACAGUCAGAAUCCCAAUCCUGAUAACAACCCAAUUCUGAUACUUGCCCCGACUGUUUAG